UCUGAAUUCCUCGUGUUUUAAUGGGAAUACUGACUUAAACUUGGAUGAGGGCUCAGUGUGCGGAAACAGAGCCGACUGUGAAACCGUGAGGUAGCGUUCGUUUGAUCGAAGUCAUUGUGAAACGACACCGAAUCACUGUGAAAUAAACCGCGCUGUUGAUAACGUUUUAAGGAGGCACCCAAGCCAUGUUAUCAGCACCUUUAACUUUAUCUAUGAAUGGCUUAUUCGUCACACCCAAGUUUACCACCAGUACGCAAGGGUCUUCGGACAAAGCCGGGUUCGAGGGGCUUCCUUCGCCUGCGGUUCGGACAGGGUUACGAGCUUCCUCCUGGCGAAUCCAAACCCCCUUUUGUUUGUGUUUUGAAGGUGUUCCGUGUGAAAAUGGGGACAUACCGUGGCGUGGCGUGAUUCGCGUGCCUUUGAUUGCAUCAAUAGUUUUGUUUUUGAAGUGAGUUUGGAAAAAAAAAAAACAAGAUGACAGUGACAUUGUGCUUUUAUAGUGAUUGAAGUGGGAGCUGAGGCCGCCGAAAUGGGAGAAUGAAGUAGGCGGGUUUAGACAGAUCCUGUGGAGUUGAAUCUUGUGAAAAUAAAAGACGAAAUCAAGACAAAAUAUGCGGGUUCUGAUUGGCGCGAAGGAAGUGUUUUCGGGGAAUAUAGAAUGGUCCCGGAGCACCGUCAUGGAGGACGGGGUCAGCGUGAGCUCGGCCUCGGGGUCUGCCGGCGCCGGGUCGUCCUCGGCCUCCAGCGUGGGCGACGAGGUAGUGCUCAGGAUCAACGUGCCGGAGCUCAAGGUCGAGAAGUGCCUGCAGUUCCACAAGGACGACCUCGUGUGGGACGUCAAGCAGCAGGCCCUGGCGGCGCUUCCUAAGGUGGCGCUGUGGUACCGGGAACUGCGGGAGAGCUUCAACUAUGGCCUCUUCUGCCCGCCUCAGAACGGACGGGCGGGCAAGUUCUUGGAUGAGGAACGCCCACUCGGAGACUAUCCGCUCACCACGCCCAUUGGAUACUUGGAGGUGGGUAUUCGAGGGAUUCGAGAGUGAGGGUGGGUGUGGGUGUGAGUGUGAGUGUGAGUGUGAGUGUGAGUGUGAGUGAGAGUGAGAGUGAGA